AUGCCCUCUCUCUCCCAAGUCCUUCCCGUCGCCCAGCUCCUUUUGAGCUCGGCAUCGGCAUACUAUAAUGGCAUCGACCCUCGUGACAUUUACGAGGAAAUGGAGCACGUCCUAGUGGACAACUCUGGAACCAACAGCGACGGCUUCAUCAAUGCCGUGACACCUUGCAGCAACUAUGUUGGCUUUGCCAGUGGCGGCAGCAAACGAGGUGAACAAAGCUCUGCCCAAUGGGUCCGCAUGGCGUUUCACGAUGCCAUUACGGCUGAUCUUGCUGCUGGAACUGGUGGUCUUGACGGCUCUAUUGGUUAUGAAGGCGACCGUGCCGAGAAUCCUGGACAGUUUAUUGAAGACACAUUAAGAUUUAUGGGACCAACAAUAACCGCCUAUUUGAGUAUGGCAGACAACAUUGCACUGGGUCUAGUUGCAUCAUUGUCAACUUGCGGAGCUACCGUAGGCGGCAUUAAUCUCCGCGCGGGCAGAAAAGAUGCCCUCGAGGCUGGGCCCUCUGGAGUCCCAGAGCCGACGACAGACCUCGAGACGACUCUCAAUCAGUUUGCGGCUGCAGGCUUUUCUCAGUCCGAAACGAUCAUAUUGACAGCAUGUGGUCAUUCUCUUGGGCGUAUCCACUACAGUAACUUUCCCGAAAUUGUUGAUGAAAGUGCCGUUAGUAACAGCAAUCUGAACGGCGGAGUGGGAUUCGACGACACACCGGCCGACUUCGACUCCAGCGUCGUCAACGAGUAUCUCAACGGAACGGGACAGCAGGGUGGUCUCCUAGUUACAGCACCCAAUGAAGAAGACCGCUCCGAUCUCCGCCUGUACUCUUCCGACAACAAUGCCACCAUGAAGGCCCUUUCAGAAGAGGCGGCAUUCCAGGCCACCUGUCUCUCGCUCUUUGAGCGCAUGAUUGACACCGUGCCGGCCGACGUCCAGCUCUCGGACCCCAUCGUACCCAUGACCUGGAAGGCCGUCGACGUGGCGCUCGAUAUUAACACUGCGGGCAACGUGUCCGUGUCUGGUUCAAUCAGAAACCUGUACACCGACACCUCGCCCCCGAGCACCGUGACCUACACGACGUCGGACGCGGGCGGCGUCGUCGUCUCGGCGGACCAGAAGACGGGCACGAGCUCGGGUAGCGGCACAUCUCUAUUCGGCAAGACCAAGUACUGGAGUUUCAACAGCACGAUUGCGUCGCCGGGCACCACGCAGCUCAACUUUGAAGACCAGACGUAUCCAAUCAAUGAUGAAAUCUUCAUCCUGUCCAAGCAGAGCUCCAGCAGCCGGUCCCUUACCAUCAAGGCGGCAGCGCUCACAUCGCUUGACUCCGAGGGCGACAGCAGCAUGACGGCGGUUCUCUACGUCCCCACAGCCGUGGACGGCCUGUUUGUCAAGCAGAUUGUCAAUGAGACCGUCGCCAUGACCGCAUAUGGAACCGCGGGCGAGUAUACGCUUUACAAGGGUACUUCGAGUACGACGGCGGGCCACAUGAUCGCCAAGGUCCUUCUUGGCGACGCUGAGAGUCGGACGGUCAAGGUUGACAAGUUUAGUGGCCGAUAG